AAAAAAGUCUUAAAAGGAAAUUAAGAAACUCGAAGGCGCAAGAGCAUACAGCGCCAGGAUAGCGAAGACAGCGAAGAUUAUGAGGAACGAGAACGAGGGAGGCGAGGACUUGGGAAGAAGUCCAAAAAGAAACCGAAGAAGCUAAAAAAGAAACCAAAGAAGCUGAAAAAGAAAACUAAGAAGCUGAAAAAGAAACCAAAGAACCUGAAAAUGAAAACUAAGAAGCUGAAAAAGAAACCAAAGAAGCUGAAAAAGAAAACGAAGAAGCUGAAAAAGAAGGCAAUAGGGAAAUUGACAGGAUCAGGAAUGGAACAAGAAAAUGUUAUGGAGGGUGAAGGUGACGGAAACGGAAAUGUUGAAGGAGUUAAAGAACCCGCCGGAGGAGAAGAACCCACGGCGGGAGAACCCGCCGGAGGAGAACCCGCCGGUGGAGAACCCACCGGAGGAGAAUCCGCCGGAGGAGAAGAACCCAACGGAGAAGGAGAAGAAUUCAACGGAGGAGGAGAACCUACCGGAGGAGAAAACGCCGAAGGAGCAGAAGCAAGCGAAGGCCAGGCAGCGUGAGGCAAAGGCACACCAGACGGUUCCAACGAGUACGAGAAACCCGCAGAUGAUGAAUAGAAACAUUCAUGGUUUUGGAGUAAUGACACAGGUGCACAACUACCCUAACGAACUCCUACCACCCAAACUCGACCCAGUGUGAGUAAUAGUUCUGCUUACUCUGGGUCGCGCCAGGGAGGCUAGUUAUAUACAACUGGUUACCUUAAAAGUCUCGACUCCGAUUGGGCCUUAACGGAUGGGCAGGUUCCCAUAAUGACUACCCGAAAGGACUCACCAGUUUUUGUUCUUCUGAUCUCAGUUGUGAUUCUGAUAUUACUACAUGAUACUGUUAUCUUUGGGUCCAUAAAAUACGAUAUUAUUGAAUAUAUGUUCAUG